AUGAAACCAUAUGUUUCACGGUAUGGUUUGGAUUUAGAUUUAGCGAUUAAAAAUUCGCGUGCCACAUUGAAAUUCGUCGUAGGACAUCACGGGAUCAAAACCGCAAGUCAUCAUGGUGUUACUCAAGAGCUCAUAGAUCAACCUCUUCCAGUUCUAGAGGAUAACAAAGUGGACUUGUACAUCAACGGACAUGAUCACUGCUUGCAACACAUUGGCACUGACGGUGAAACCCAAUUCCUAACAAGUGGAGGAGGAUCAAAGGCAUGGAGAGGAGAUGUUCAGCCAUGGGAUUCAAAAGAACUCAAACUUUAUUAUGAUGGACAAGGAUUCAUAUCUCUUCACGUCACUCGCUCCCAAGUUAACUUCGUCUACUAUGAUGUUUUCGGCAAUGUUCUUCACCAAUCUUCAUUGUCCAAAAGAUCUCUUUUCCUUUAA